GGGCGUUGGUGCCUGCAGGCAUGGGGGUCCUGCCCCAGCUCCGGGCCUGGAGGAGGGCUGGGCGCCAGCCCCCACCUCGCCCCGCGCGGGCCUGGACGCCCGGGGACCCCUCGGGCUGCAGGGACCAGCAGCGUACCCGGGGCUGGGGCGGGCCCGCCGCGCGGCCCCUCGGGAGCAGCGGCCCGUGCCCCCCACACAGGCGCCCUCCUGCAAACAGCCCGGACCCCGCCAGUCUGGGCCGCCCUGGUCACGCCGAGGGAGGACGGGGAGCAGGGCUGGACCCCCUUCCCAGGGCUCUUCCUGCUCCCCACCCUGUGCCGCCCCACCCCAGCCCUGUCCAACCCGGCGGCUGCCCCUCCCAUCCCCCAGGACCCCCCGCUUUCCUCUGCUCCAAACGCACACAGUGUCCUGCCAGAGUCCCACCCUUGUCCUGUUCUGCUCUGAGCCGGCGCCCACCAGCCUGGCUGCAGCUCUCCCCUCCUCUGUCCGGGCGCUGGUCCACCCGUGUCCCUGAGGGCCGAGGACCGUCCAGGCUCAAUCCCAGGCUCUCAGGCCUCGUCUCUCCCAGAUGCAGGCCUUCAGGGUGGGGCUGGGGGGUCUGGCAGAGGCGGCGCCCGGAGGUCCAGCCAGAUCCCAGACGCCGGGCGGGUGCAGCCCCCCUUCCUGUGGGGCCUGAGCUGGAAGAAAGGCCCCUUUCUGCCCCGCCGCAGACCCCAGCGACGCAGAGCCUGCCCUUUGGGCCCCUGGGCUCUGUCACGUGCCCCCACCGCCCGAAAGCUGGGGUUCUGGGUGCUGGAGUUCCCGUUUUGCCUAAUUGCGCUGGAAUUCCCACAUUUUGCAAGAAGGGGGGUGGCCUCUGGCGUGGAGAUGAGCUGCUUGGCCAGGCUGACCCAGGGUCGGCGGGGCUCAGGGGGUGCUGCGCGCCCUCAGAGGCACCCGCUCCCUUCCUCUGACCCUUAGUACCACCACAGCCCUCCUGGCCCCGUCUGCCUGUGUCCCGCACCUGGUGGGACAGUCUGGUCAGCGCCGUGCCUAGUGGCUCCUGGUUCUUCUGCAUGGAAGGCCAGUGGAACGCUGCUCUGCCCGACCGUCCACUCCCAGAGCGGGCAGGCUGCCUCCAGUGUGGGCAGCGGCGGCUGGACCUGCCCCUGCCACAUCCAAGGCUGCGCGCAGCUGGGGGCAUCUCUGCUUUGUUCCUAGGCACGCGAGGCCCGAGCCUCGCACGGAGCACCGGGGCCGGGCUCUGCGCCUCCCCGGGCGCCCGGCCGCGAGCCCCGAGGGGCGCCAGGCGGACAGGUCAGCGACCGCGCCAAGGGAAGGCGGGCGGAGCUGCGGGCGCGGGAAGGGCGGCCGAGGCCACGCACCUGCGUCCCGGACGGGGUCGGGCCUGCACUGGGCGUGACCAGCAGAGGCCCCGCCCCGGCCCGCCCCGGCCCGCCCCGGGCGCCAAACCCCGCGGCCCGGCCCGCGGCGCCCAGCUGCGUGCCACCCGGCUACUCGCGGCGCCCAGCUGCGUGCAGGCCCGGCCACUCGCGGCGCCCAGCUGCGUGCCACCCGGCCACUCGCGGCUCCCAGCUGCGUGCCGCCCGGCCACUCGCGGCGCCCGGCCCCGGCCCGCCCGGCCACUCGCGGCGCCCAUGGCUGGGAAGGCGCUCUCGCUGCUGCCCUCGCUGCUGCCCCCGCUGCUGCUGGCCGCGGCGGGCCUCGCCGGCCUGCUGCUGCUGAGCGUGCCCACUCGCGACGUCCGGGAGCCGCUCGCCCUCAAGUACGGUAUCGUCCUGGAUGCCGGCUCUUCCCACACAUCUAUGUUCAUCUACAAGUGGCCAGCAGACAAGGAGAACGACACCGGUAUCGUGAGCCAGCUCAGCUCCUGUGAUGUGCACGGUGGCGGCAUCUCCAGCUAUGCAGACCGUCCAGCCGGCGCGGGCCAGAGUCUCGUGGAGUGCCUGGACCGGGCGCUUCAGGAGGUGCCCCAGGAGAGACACUCGGGCACACCCCUCUACCUGGGGGCCACGGCGGGCAUGCGCCUGCUCCACCUGCGCCAUCCGGAAGCCUCCGCCAGCGUCCUCCGGGCCGUGGCGCGCGUGCUCGCUCAGUACCCCUUUGACUUCCGCGGGGCACACAUCCUCUCCAGCCAGGAUGAGGGCGUGUUCGGCUGGGUGACCGCAAACUACCUGCUAGAGAACUUCAUCAAGUGUGACUGGGGGGGCCUGUGGUCCCGGCCAAGGAGGAAGACGCUGGGGGCUCUGGACCUGGGGGGAGCCUCCACCCAGAUCACCUUUGAGACCGCCACCCCCCCUGAGGACCCCCGCACGGCCGUGCAGCUGCGGCUCUAUGGGCACCACUACCACCUCUACACCCACAGCUUCCUCUGCUACGGCCGGGACCAGGUCCUGCAGAGGCUGCUGGCUGCUGCCAUCCAGGCCCACGGCUCGCACCCCUGCUGGCCCAGGAACUACUCCACCCAGGUGCAGCUCCACAGCUUGUAUGAGUCGCCGUGCCUGGCUGCACUGCGGCCCCAGACCAUCAACAGCAGCGGCUGGGUCAGCGUGUCAGGCGGUAGUGACCCUGUCCUCUGCCAGCACCUGGUCUCCCAGCUCUUCAACUUCUCCUCCUGCCACUUCUCCCGAUGCUCCUUCAACGGCACCUUCCAGCCCCCCGUGGCGGGAAGCUUUAUUGCCUUCUCUGCCUUCUUCUACACGGUGGACUUCCUGAGGACAGCCAUGGGGCUGCCCGUGGCCACCCUGUCGCAGCUGGAGGCAGCCGUACAGACGCUCUGCAGUCAGAGCUGGGAGGAGCUGCAGGCUCGGGCGUCCGGCCCCAAGGGCCACCUGCCCCACUACUGCGCCAUGGCCACGUUUGUGCUUCAGCUGCUGAGCCGCGGCUACGGGUUCGACGAGGGCACUUUCCGUGGGGUGACGUUCCAGAAGAAGGCUGGGGACACUGCUGUGGGCUGGGCGCUGGGCUACAUGUUGAACCUCACCAACCUGAUCCCCUCCGAGUCUCCUGUGCUGCGCAAGGGCAUCAACGUCCACUCCUGGGUGGCCCUUCUUCUGCUCUUUGCCGCUGCGGUCCUGGCAGCUUUUGUUAUGCUGCUGUGCCAGGCACGCUCUGCCAAGUCAUCGAGUGUCAUUUAGGGUGCAGGCAGGCCAGCCGCUGGCCACUGCUGCGUCCGGCCAAGUCAUAAGUCCCUCCACCCGCCCCCACACCUCACUCACAUGCUCUGCCUUGAAGUCAGCCCCAGAACAGAUCCUGGGACGUGGAAUGGACAUGCGCAGGGACAGGCGUCCAGAAACCCCCUUCCUGCACCCACCCUAGUUUUGCCCAAGGCCACCAGCCCCUUCUCUUCCUGGAAGUGGGGGGGUCAGACUCCUACCUGCCUCAGCCCGGCGCUGCAGGCUGCUCUCCAGGCAGUGGGGCCUGCGAGCCAAGAGCUGGGUGCUGAAGUCUCUUCUGGAGUCUGUGUGGGUACUGGGGACGGUCAGGACCCCCAGACUGGGGGCCUGCCAGGCCUACUUGUGUGCAUUUUGUAAUAAAAACCUU